CACACCCUGAUCAACAUGGCCCUCACCCGUGACCCCCAGGAUGCAUUGCUGUUUGCCUUGAAUGACUUUGAGGAGGAAAGCUUCAAGACUUUAAAGUUCGACUUGCAGGAUAUGACCCAGCGUAAUGGUCAUUGGCAGCUGGCCCAAGGGGAGCUGAAAAGCCAGAGUCCAGUGGACCUGGCAUCUUGACUCAUUCUAAUAUAUGGAGCAUAUGAGGUUGUGAAAGUGGUGCUUAAGGGCUCAAAAAAGGUGAAUCUGUUGGAACUCGUGGGCCCAUUCAACCAUGUUUGUCUGAAUGAAUACAGAGAAAUAUACCGAGAGCAUGUGCACUGCCUAGAGGAGAGGCAAGAAAGGGAAGUCAAUGGCAACUACAACCUGCUGUUCCUGGUGACCAAGCCCAGCUCAGGGAGCUCAGAAUCACCUACCUGCCCUACCCUGGAGGAGCAGCUGGACUCGGUCAUGAUGAAUGCUCUGUUCAAUCCAGGGGAAAAGUCCCACAAGUCCACAGUGGUGCUGCAGGGGUCUGCUGGCACUGGAAAGAGAACCCUGGCAAGAAAAAUCAUGCUGGACUGGGUCACUGGUACCUUGUUUUCAAGCCAAUUUGAUUAUGUCUUUUAUGUGAGCUGCAGGGAAGUGGUUUUGCUGGUAGAGUAAGAGCUGGACCAACUCCUCUUCUGGUGUCGUGGGGAUAAUCAAGCACCUGUCAAAGAGAUUCUGAGGCAGCCAGACCUGUUCAUCCUGGAUGGCUUUGAUGAGCUGUAGAGGCCUUUAGCUGGUAAGUUGAUGAGGCCAUGGUCCGGCCCCAUGGAGGACCUGCUGCAUCUUCUAAUUAGGAAAAAGAUACUUUAUGAGUCCCCCCUUCUAAUCACCACUCAGCCCCUGGCUUUGAAGAACCUGGGGGCGCUUCUGGAACAACCAUGACAUGUCCAUGUCCUAGGCUUCUCCGAGGAGGAGAGGAAAACAUAUUUCAGCUCAUAUUUCACAGAUGAAGAGCAAGCCAGAAAUGCUUUUGACUUUGUACAAAGAAAUGACGUUCUCUACCAAGCAUGCCAGCUUCCAGGUCUUUGCUGGGUGGUCUGCUCCUGGCUGAAAGAGCAGAUGGAGAGAGGCAGCACAGUCUAAGACAUACCCAGUAACAGCACUGACAUCUACAUGGCCUAUGUCUCCACAUUCCUGUUGCCCAGUGACAAUGGGGACUGCUUGGAUCUUCCCUGGCACAGGGUCAUGAGGGGUCUCUGCUUCUUGGGAGCUGAGGGAAUCCAGCACCAAAGGGUCCUAUUUGAAGACGCUGACUUCAGGAAUUACAACUUAGAUGAGCCCAGCCUUGCCACUUUCAUGAGCAGCAAUGAUCACCAAGAGGGGCUUGACAUCGAGAAAUCGUACAGCUUCCUCCAUAUUAGCUUCCAGGAUUUUUUUUACGCCAUGUCCCAAAUGGUGAAAAAGGACCACGGCCAGCUGGAGGAGGAGUCCCACAGAGAAUUAGAAAGUCUGCUGGAGACAAAGAAUGAGGAUAUGACCUUUGCUGGGUGGUUUUUAUUGGACAUACUGAAAAAAGAUAGCUCAAAAAAAAAAAAAAAAACUUUUUUUUUUAAAGUUUCUUCCUGGAUAAUGCAGGAUCUGAAGUAUCUAAAAAAACAAACAAACAAACAACUGAAAUCUGUAUGGCAUAAAAGCAUCUGGGAUUUGGAAUUCUCCCUGUAUGAGUCUAAAAUCAAGAACCUGGUGAAGGGUGUUCAGAUGAGUGAGGCAUCAUUUAAGACAGCACAUUCAAACAAAAAGAAAGCCCACAUGGGACACUCAUUUUCUGUCAAAACCAGCUUGAGAAACGGGCAGGAAUAGGAGCAAAAAAGUCCUCUUGUGGGCAAAGUUAACAUAGCAGGGACACAAAAGAGGGGUUCUAAUGGAAAAGGCACAGGGACUGAGGAAUUACAGACAAAAAAGUUACGAGCAGUCAGAUGGGGAAGAACAGAAGUGGGAACAAAAGAGCUGAAGGGUCAGAGGGAUGGUGGGGUAGAGGGACAGGAGCAUUAGGGAAAAACAGAGAAAGCAAAAAAGAAUGGGGAGAUGAGAGGUCAGACUAAUGGGUUCUAGAAGGAGGGGGAGGACAGAGGAACAAAUAGAAAAGAGAAUUAGAUACAGGCAUACCUUGGAGAUAUUGUGGGUUCAGUUUCAGACCACCACAAGAAAACAAGUCACAAGAAUUUUUUGGUUUCUCAGUGCAUAUAAAAGGUAUGUUUAGACUGUACUGUGGUCUAUUAAGUGUGCAGUAGCAUUAUAUCUAAAAAAAAAAAAAAGGAACGUACCUUAAUUAAAAAAAAACUUUACUGCUAAAAAUGCUAACCAUCACCUGAGCCUUCAGCGAAUUGUAAUCUUUUUGCUGGUGGAGGGUCUUACCACAAUAUUGAUGGCUGCUGGAUGAUCAGGGUGGUGGCUGCUGAAAAUUGGGAUGGCUGUGGCAAUUUCUUAAAAUAACACAGCUGUGAAAUUUGCCACAUUGGUCGACUCUUCCUUUUGUGAAAGAUUUCUCUGUAGCAUGCAAUGCUGUUUGAUAGCAUUUUACCCAGAGUAGAACUUUCAAAACUGGAGUUAGUCCUCUCAAACCCUGCCACUGCUUUAUCAACUAAGUUUAUGUAAUAUUCUAAAUUAUUUGUUGUCAUUCAACAAUGUUUACAGCAUCUUCACCAGGAGUAGAUUCCAUACCAAGAAACCACCUUCUUUGCUCCUCCAUAAGAAGCAACUCCUCACCCAUGAG